CCGCCAGGGACAACGGGGACAGCGGGGACAAUGGCUGCUGCUGCGGGCGGCGGGGGCCGAGCGGGAGGAGCCGGAGCGGGGCCGCACGGGGCUGUAGGACGAGACAUGGAGCGGCACGGCGGCAAUGACGGGGAGUGGGCCGCGCUGCUGGGCCGGCAGCACCAGGCCCGGGAGCUGUGCCCGGGGGUGAACAACCAGCCGUACGUGUGCGACACCGGGCACUGCUGCGGGGAGAGCGGCUGCUGCACGUACUACUACGAGCUGUGGUGGUUCUGGCUGCUCUGGACCGGCCUCAUCCUGUUCAGCUGCUGCUGCGCCUACCGGCACCGGCGGGCAAAGCUGCGCCUGCAGCAGCAGCAGCGGCAGCGCGAGAUCAACCUCAUCGCCUACCACGGUGCCUGCAACUACCCCGCCUCCAUGAUGGACCUCAGGAUGUUGGCCUCGUUCAAGCUGCCGGCCUACGAGGAGGUGGCUCACCGGCCCAACACGCCGCCGCCGCCCUACAGCUCCAUCCUGGCGCAGCUGAGCGGCCCCCGCAGCCGGUUGGGCUCCAGCAGCCUGACGCUGUCGCCCAGCUCCGAGAACUGCACCAGCUGCUCCUGCGAGUCCAGCUGCGUCACGUCCCCCAGCAGCACGUCGCUCUCGGUGCAGGUGACGGACGACACGGAGCGCAGCCGGGCCAGCACGCCCAGCGACGACGGCGGCACCAGCAGCACCGGCACCGGCGCCAGCUGGGAGCUGCCCGACGAGCCGCCCGCCCGGCCGGCCCCGCACAAACACGCGCUGUUCUCCUCCAACGUGGAUUUCUUCGAGGCCGACUGUCACCGCUGCUCCGACAUCGAGGAGGGCGAGGAGGAGGAGGAGGAUGAGGAGCGUUGCGGUGCGGCGGCCCAGGAGGGCGGGGAGCAUUACCGGCACCGGCGGCUGACGGGGGACUCCGGUAUCGAGGUCGGCCGCUGCCACGAGGAGGAGGGAGGCGACGAGAGCGAGGGCGAGGGAGCGCGGCUGCUGGGCAAGGCCGGCUCCGCUCGGGGGCAGCGGGGAGUCACAGCCGACACGGGGAGCGCGGAGCCGGGCACUGCCCCGCUGCCCGUGUGAGUCAAUGAAACGACGCCGCCGCCAUCCCGCCCGCGGGGCCGAACCCGGAGCAGCCCCCACCCCAUCCCACCCCAUCCCAUCCCAUAAUACACCAUCCAUCCCAUCUCAUCCCAUCCCGCCCCUCCCCGCAGCCGCCGCUCCCGGCCUUGGAGCAGCCGGGCUGGGGCCACCGCGGUGCCGGAGCCGCCGCUGCUCAGAGGGUCGGGGCGCGGCUGCCCCCCCCCCCCCCGUCUCUCCCACCCCCAUCUCCCACCUCCCCCCGCUGCGGCCCCACCACCGUCCCCGGGCUGUGGACUCUCGCCUCGGAGCCCCCGGGCUGACCCCACCGGGUUCCCUGCUGUGACCGCCCCGCGCUUCCCCUCCGAACUGCUGCCACGGAACCGGGCCCGGCCGCGGGGGCGGCUCCGUCCCGCUGCAGCCUGCGGGGCUGGGUGCGGGAGGCCGCGAUCCCGGCAGCGUCAUCAUUAAAGAGAUGUGGAAUCACA